AUGCCCAACAACGCCCGCAUCGAGCACACGUCCUCGGAAGCGCACGAGGGGGAAGCCACUUGUGUGGUGUACUUCAACCAUCAGCUGUUCUCCGGUGGCGCCGAUGGCAAAGUCCGAGUCUGGUCGGAAUCGCUGCAGCUGUUGGCCACGGUGAACGCCCACGAUGCGUACAUCUACUGCAUGGCCGUCAAUGAGCACGGGAAGCUCUACUCGAGCAGCUGCGACGGCCUGGUGAAGUACAUGCAGCCGCCCUACGAUGAUGCUUCUGUGCAGGAGCUGUUCCGCUGCUACGACGCCAUCCAGGCCAUGUAUUGCGAUGGAUCUGUGCUGUACACGGGCGACGACAAGGGUGUGGUGACCACCUGGAGCAACGAUCGGAUGCUCUUCAAGUACAAUCUGGUGGAGGAGGUCAAGUCGCUGGCCGGCGAACAGAAGUUGAUCUAUACAGUGCGUGAUUUGGAUGUAGUCGUGUCCCUGACUGUGGAGGGCAAGUCCGGCAAGUACAGCAACAAGGCGGUGAUACCCGGCAAGUCGCCCCUGACACUCCUGGGACCUAUUGUCGAGGGCAAGCGCAGCUUCAUUGCCUUCCCCGAUCGCACAGGAAUGGGCCUGCAGCUGGUUAACAAUUUGCCGCAGCAACAAUUCGCCCACAUCUGGCAAUUGCCGAAUUGCCACGAGUGGAUUGUAAACAGCAUUUGCGGCGACGACCGCCAUUUGUACUCCGGUGGCUACGACAAACUGGUGAAAGGUUGGACCGAUUUGGCGUCCCCACAGCCGCGUGCACUGGGCCAAGUCGAGGUGGGAAGUUGGGUGAACAGUAUUUGCUGUGGCGACAACAAUAAUGUGUACAUUGCGAGCAACGACGGAUUUAUUCGCAGUGCGAAAUUUAUUUAGAAAGAGUGAAAACGCGCGCGAAAUAAUGUGGUGCUGCCAGA